AUGGCUGGCGCGUUGAAUCUGCCUAAAUGGCUCAAAGACAACUCGCACCUGCUCAGACCGCCUAUCAACAACUAUUGUGUCUAUGCCCCCUCGUCCUCCACUGGUGGUCUGACUGUAAUGGUCGUGGGAGGCCCAAACGCGCGAACAGACUAUCACAUCAAUACAACACCCGAGUUCUUUUACCAGCAUAAAGGAUCCAUGCUGCUCAAGACCAUGGAUACAUCAACCACACCACACACGCCCGUCGACAUCCCCAUUCACGAGAACUCGAUGUUCCUGUUACCUCCCAACACUCCUCAUAACCCUGUCCGGUUUGCGGACACCGUGGGCGUCGUCCUAGAACAGCCCCGGCCGGAGGACUCGGUUGAUACGCUGAGGUGGUAUUAUCAAGGAAGGUGUACUGGCGUUCGAGAACGAUAUGGCUGCCCGGACAUGUAA